CUAAAGCCAGUGUUUUACGGCGAAUGAGAUUGUCAUCUCGACAAGCAUCAGUAACGCUGUGCAACGAUCGAAACUUUUUCUCAGAAAACGGUUAGUUAAUUCCCACUUGACGUCUUGACAAUGUUGAAAAACGUUAUGAAAAAUCCGCACAAGGUUUUACCUCAAUUACUUGCUGCAGUGGUCGGGUCUUGGGGAUUCUUCUGUACGGGAGUUGUACGCGGAUGGAGUUCACCUGGGAUUCCGUCUCUCAAUGCGACCAAGAAUUUUGACAUCGAGGCGUCAGACAUUGCAUGGAUUGCCUCCAUGCCCCCGUUGUGCGCCCUAGUUGGAGCCUUGCUGAUUAGUUACCCUCUCCAACAUUUCGGUAGGAGGAAAACUCUCAUUGGAUUGUGCCCUCCGUUCUUUAUCGGCUUCUUGCUGAUGGGAUUGGCAUUUUUCGGACGUCACAAAGCAAUGCUCUACGUCGGCCGGUUGAUGACCGGCUUAGUCAAUGGAGCACUCACUCCAUCAUCACAGAUUUACAUUAGCGAAUGCUCUUCUCCUCGUAUUCGUGGCACUCUCAGCUCUCUGACGGCCAGCGCUUUGGCCAUGGGCAUCCUGGUGUCCUACAUUAUUGGUGCCUUUGUCGACUGGUGGAUCCUGUCUCUCAUAUUAACCAUCUUUCCCCUGAUGUUGCUAACUGGAAUGAUCUUCGUUCCGGAAACACCAAUUUGGCUUAUUUCUCAUAAGCGGGAGGAUGAAGCUCGGUGCGCUCUACAGCGUCUGCGUGGAAAACGAACGAAUAUCGAUGCCGAAUUUCUGAGGAUACAGGAAAACCAAGCUAAGAAUAAGGAUAAAAAGCAUAAAAUUCAGCCGAAGGAACUGUUGAAAGGAUCAGUUUUGAAACCGCUCAGUAUUUCUUUGGGUAUCAUGUUCUUCCAGCAGUUCACCGGCAUUAACGCCAUGGUAUUCUACACGGUGAGCAUUUUCAAAUCGGCUGGAUCCUCAAUCGAUGGUCGCUACGCCACCAUUAUCAUCGGAUUCGUCCAGCUUAUCGCCACGGCAGCAUCUGGAUUUUUUGUGGAUCGAUAUGGACGCCGGAUUCUUUUACUAGGAUCCGCCGCAAUCGUGUCAUGUUCAUUGGCAUCCAUGGGGGCUUUCUUCUACAUGCAAGCACAAUGGGGACCCGCUCUGGCCACUGAGAAACUCGGAUGGUUGCCGUUGUUGUCCCUCGUUGUCUUUUUCAUCGCUUAUUCCGGCGGAUAUUCCAACGUUCCUUUCAUUCUGAUGGGCGAAUUGUUUCCGUCCCGUUAUCGCUCCAUCCUCGGUCCGCUCAGCUCUUCGUUCAACUUGUGCUGCACCUUCAUUGUCGUUCGCAGUUUCCCCGUCAUGCAAAUUUCGAUGGAGAAAUACGGCGCCUUUUGGUUCUUCAUGUGCUGCACCAUGCUGGGCAUCGUCUUUGUCUACUUCCUCCUGCCGGAGACCAAAGGCAAAACCCUGGAAGACAUUGAGAAAAUCUUUUCCAAGAAAUACAACGCCGAUGGUACGUUGAAGACACCGGAAGUGCAGCCGGACAAUUACUCGGAUGGGAAAACGGCGUCCAUCGGUUCGUCUGGAAUUCAAAUGAAACCAACUCGUUCGUCUCUCCGUCAGCAGAAAAGCAACUCCAACGACAGUGUUGCUUUGGAAAGCGGCAAUGGGAUCACGACAUUGGCUGUAAAUCCAAUCAUCGAUUCAGACGACGAAAAGGAGGACGAUGGUUCCCUCGUUACGGCACCUAAUGGCCAUUAGCUGUGAACCUUAAAAAACACGGCAUGACACUUCACAGAAUGGACAUUGUUUAUUGCAGAUUGUCGUUUUUUAUUUUGUCGACUAAAAGAAGGAAACGUGCCUAUUACCAUUGUCAAUUUAUUUGUGUUCACGACUUUGGCACUUGUUGCUUUAAAUUAUACAUAACCCAAUUUGUUUUUUAAUGUCUUCUAGUUGUUAUUGUUUAUUUUUCUAUAAUGGCAAAAAUGUAUCGUUGAAACAACCCAAACACGAAGACUGUUUGUAUAAAUUGGUUUUAAAUUGA